UGACACAGAAAAUGUCAAAAUCAACGGAAUAGGUACAAUACCUUAUUUUUAAACGCCAGGUUUAGAAAAACUCUCGAUCCUCAUGAGAAAUUUUCAAAAUUCCAAGCAAGAGGGUGAUAAAUUUUCUAUAAAAAAUGGGGAGUGAGGUUUUUACAUUCGAUUUGGACAGGAGUGAGUACUACAAUCGUCGUAAGGAGUUGAUCAAAGACGUGAAAGUGCCCAAAAUGUCCGAAGUGGAGAGCAACUUGGGCGUUCAAGCCUCCAAAGUGAUCCUGGCUCAAUGUGAAUGCGCUCUUCGCAGUGAUUUCGGACUCAACAACCCUCUAAAAGGACCUUUGGGUGAUUUGUGGGUGUCUCCUAGUGAUUUGCUCAUAGGGAAAUUAGCGCUGAAGCCACCGUUCACACCGAAAUGUCUGCAGGCUUUAACUCACCAAGGAAUUAUAGAAAUUGGGCUUGAAUUGGAAAAGAAGUUUGUCCAAGACAUGGAGGAGGACAAACAGCAAAUCUUAGAGAAGAUGCGAUUAAAGCUUUUAGCUGGUGCAGAGGAGAAACUCAAAGCCGACCUCAAAGACGUCGAAAUAAGGGAGAGACUGCUUUGCCAAGUGGAAAUGGAGAAACGCAAGCUCGAAUUUGAUGCUCUCCUCAAGUACGAACUGGAUCGCCUGGAGGCAACGAUGAGGAAGCAACAAGAGGAGGCGAUCAAGGAAAACGCAAAGAAAAUGAAGGAGAAGUGGCAAGGGCGCUUGCAGGAAGAGACCGAGCAAGUUGUCAAAAGAAUUACAGCGGAGUUCUUGCGGAAGCUCGACCAACAGGAAGAGGCAUUGACUGAACUCUUCGAAAUGGAGUUGAGGAAACAAGAAGCUUUACGAGACUUCGACGCGAAGAUGGCCAAAACCAAAACCCAAAAAGCCUUGCGCAAUCUCAAGCAUAACAUGGAGUGCACCAACUUGGUUGACUUGAUGUACAUGUUGUGCACGGAGCGACAAAGGUGCUGCGACCAAAAACAGCACAUCGAAGCCUACUACAAAAACCAGAUCGAAAAACUCCACAGAGAAGUUAAAGUUCGAGACGAUCAAAUAGUGUCGUUGAAUAUCGUUUCUAAACAAAAAUCAGAGCACAUCAACAUGAGGGAGAAAUGCUUGUUGGAGAUCAUCAGGCAUUUCCAGAAAUUCAUCAACUUUGCCCUGCGUUCGGCACCGACUCAGGCCGAGUUUUUGCUGUCCGUGGAGAAAAUGCUGGUGUUCGAACUGACCGAUGCCGUAGCUAAGACGGACCUGCGUCUACCAAAGCCUGAUAAAAUGAUUUUGCCAUGGUUUGAACCGACAGUUGAAGAAGAGACGGUUUCUUCCUUGGAAAUCAACGAUUACCAUCAGUGUAUGAAUGAACUGAACCCGUCUGUAGCAAAAGGUUCUGUUUUGGGUGAACACGAUGUGCUUCCUUCCAUUUACUUCAAAAACAAACUGUACGUGCGCGAAGACUUCCGCGACAUGCUCUCAGCAGGCGUUGAGAUUCGUCCUAGCGGCGAUCUAUGGAACAAAGACGUCGAAAUUCUGAUCGACAACUGGAAGAAAUUAUCUCAAGAGGAGCUACCCAAGGAAAAAUCACCUGCCAGCUCAAAAUCCUCCUUUUCUGGAGACAUUAUCUCGUCGAACAGCACAACCUCGUCCAUGUUGCAACGUAAAUGCAAACAGUCGCAAGUGACAUUUAGGGAGGAGUUCGGCAGGGGGAGUAGAAGCAGCAAACAGGAAGAUACUGAUUCGCACAAAGAAAUGUCAGCAAAGAAAGCGCGGAGGAAAAGUUCCAUCAAACCUUUCACGGUUUUGUCUGAAGAAGAGUUGAUAGAACCGGUUCCAACAGAGUCGACCAAAAUUCUUGCUGCGCGCGAUUCUCUCGAAUUGGCAAUCAGUAGACGUAGUGCGGGACAGGAGGAUCUAGAAAAAGGUAUUAACAGAGAUGGAGAUAUAUAUCGUGAUCGUGAUGAAGAGGUUAUAAUAAUACCAUCCGCCAGGGAAAGUCAAACAGAUACUUCUAGAGAAUUGGCCGUCGAAACCAGAGACUCGAUACUGCUUAGAAAAAUAUCGCUGGCCAGGAAACCUUCAACGGAAUUCUCACCGUCUCCGAUCGAUUCCAUCGAACUGCUCAAAGAAAAGGAGGAGGUGAGAUCGCGAGGUUCCCGAAGAGAGUCCUUGGACGCGGCUAGCGAGAAAAAGGAGUUCAUGGAGUUCGUCAACGACAAAUGCGAAGUGAGGUCGAAAUCUUCCAAGCUGGUGUUGGCGAGAAACUCGCUCGAAUUGAUGAGGGAGUCCUUGAUGAAGAUUCAAAAAGAAUACUCGCCGCCCUGUCUUAGGAAGGAACAGGGCACGGACCGGAGUUCUGUGAACGCGCAAACCUACACGUCACACACAGGUAGUUGUUGUACCCAAUGCAAAAAAAGCGUUUCCGAUAGAAAAGGCUCGCUGAACGGUUCAACUAGUACCUCGAACCACAAAGCAAUUAAUGUUCCUCGUAGAGAUCAAAAUAUGUCUUCAGUGUCAUUCCAAGAACGUCCGACGAUUAUAAAGACCUCCCAACAAAAAGUACCAGAUAGAAAGAAGAAACUAGUUAAAAAACGAAGAAAAGCCCCAAAACAGAAAACUAAAGUGCCGUGUAGACUUGAGGUAGUGGGUGACAAAAAGGCCGUUGAAGGUGACCAAACGCAACAGGAAUUUACAGCAGCUCGUAUACAUUCACUCAUAAACUUAAUGAAAGACCAUCCGAAUUUGUUACAACUCUUUACUGCCGGUCGCAGGUGAAAUAUACAAUCUUAAAAAACGAAU